CACUAUACGUCAUCAGUGCGCGACUAAGCGUGUAGGACUGUGAAGGACGCCGACGAGCAGCUUGGGAUGAAAUAAAUUAAAAAUAAAGAAGGACGUUGUGAUGGCGUUGUCGUGUCUAACUCGAGCACUGAGGUCCCUGACUGUCUCCCAGCCUGCUCUGCUCUCCUCGCAGGCAGCUGCACAGUCCAACCUGGGAGCUCAGAUGCCCACCACAGUGGGUCACUGCAGAGGCUUCCUCACCACGGCCCCUCUAGAGCAGAACAAGACAUUCUGGAAGCAGAGGGAGAAGUACACCAUCAGACCAAUAGGAAUGAAAAAGACAGGAGGCAGAGAUCACACAGGAAGGAUAAGGACACAUGGCAUUGGUGGUGGCCAUAAACAAAGAUACCGCUGGGUAGACUUCCAGAGACUGCGCUAUGAAUCCGGCAAAGAGGCGCAACCCUUUGAAGAGAAGGUUGUGGAAGUGCGAUACGACCCAUGCAGGUCUGCUGACGUUGCCCUGGUAGCUGGCGGCAACCGUAAGAGAUGGAUCAUUGCUACAGAGAACAUGCAGGCUGGAGACGUCAUUAAAACAUCUGGAGUUAUUGGACGAAUGGCAGUCUUAGCCAAUGAAGGUGAUGCCUACCCACUGGGGGCUCUUCCUGUGGGGACACUGGUGAACAACCUGGAGAUACAACCAGGGAAGGGAUCAGAGUACAUUCGUGCUGCAGGCACAAACGGUGUUUUACUCCGCAAAGUAAACGGAACAGCCAUCGUUCAGCUUCCUUCAAGGCAGCAGGUUCAGGUACUGGAGACCUGCAUGGUUACAGUGGGACGUGUAUCCAACAUUGACCACAACAAAGAGAUCAUUGGAAAAGCUGGUCGCAAUCGCUGGUUUGGCGUUCGCCCCUCGAGUGGUUUGUGGCAGAGGAAGGGAGGCUGGGCAGGACGCAAGAUUAAACCGCUGCCUUCGAUGAAGAGUUACGUCAACCUGCCCUCAAUCGCAGCUAAAUAACACAACAGAAGUCUGGGCUUGGAGAUUGCUGUCUGUUGCUUUUCAUCGCCUUGUAAUAUUAUUUUGGGCUUUACAAAGCUCUGAGAGAAAAUCUAAAUAAAGACAAACUGUUUGUACAGAAGAUUAAAAAUUUUAUUAAACACAA